UUGAACCCCACGGAAGUGUUGUACUUACGGCUUGUACUACAUAUGGUGUAUGAGCUGGCAAACAGUUAGUCAGUGGACAGUGAGUGUAAAGUGCAGAUCGCCCUCCGAAGCCGCUGCAUUAAAUUAGUAGUAACUAUACAAAGGAUGAAGGCAAUGCUGACUUUAAAAGAAAACAACUAGAAUGUUGGUGACUAACUGAAUUGUCCAAGCGUCAAACACAACCAGCGGAAAGAAAAUGGCCGCCGUCUCCAUUCACAAGUGGACGGUCCGUUUCUUCUUUGUGUUUCUGAUCUACCCAUCAGCCAAUGCUCGUGGAGGACACCUUGACUGGAUAGAGUUGGCAGACGAGAUCGUCCACCAGCAGUGGUGUGGCACAACUGAUUAUUGUGGUUUUCGCAAUCAGUCGGAUGAUCCUGCGACAACAGAAUCAUCCACUAACGAAGGACUGCGCAAGAUGACCGUACAAAAACCGAACGACAUGAAAGAAAACCAAUUUUUGAACACGGCAUGCCAUUGCGACGAGGAAUGUGAUAGUUAUGGCGAUUGUUGUUACGACGCGCUGCUGGCCAACAUCCACACGGAGGUCAAGAAUAACAUCUCAGAAGAAGAGUUCGAGCAAAAUUCAUUGGCUUGUUUACCUCUCCGGUUCAAAGAUAACGACUACAAGCUCGACGAAAAGUUCCAUAUUUACAUGAUUAACGCUUGCCCAUCCACUUGGGUUGAAGACGAUGACGAAUCUCUACCGGCGUUAUGCCGAAAAAGUCCUAAUCGAUUGGACUAUACUCAUCUGAUUGAUAUACCCGUACUGUCUCUGGAAACCAAUCGAACCUAUGCCAAUGUCUUCUGCGCCCGGUGUCACUCAGACGCUAACCGCCUGGCCAGCUGGAAUGUUUCAGUCGAAUGCGAUGUUGAUAUCAACACUUCCAACGCCACUAGGGCGCAAAUGUUUCGCCCAUCCAAUUAUCAGCCGGGAUUGCGACAAUGGGCGUUAGUGGUGAACGAAGACGAUGGAGAAGAUGAAAACGAAGACACUAGGACCACCAUUCGAUGCAAUUUAGUGGUCGAUGAAUUCCGAAACUUCAUGAAUUAUCUUAAGUCGACGGGUAGCAGGAGAUGCAUACCAAGAAUUGAAAGUUGCGCCGAAGACUGGACCGAUACCUCUGACGAAAUCAAAUGUCAGUCUUAUACCUUUCUUGUCCAGGAAAAGCAUCCAUCCGGAUACACCAAACCGCGAGUGUACAAGAAUCCUCACUGCGCCAAGUGCAACCAUAUCCCGCAUAAUGAAACCGAUUGCUUUUUCACGCAGCAAACGAUCGAUAAAUUCCGCGUUGCACUGGGGAACCGUAAUCGCUAUUCGUUUUCGAUGUUGAUCGAUUUUGAUUUCGGCGGCGGUGCAGGCGGAAAGGUGGAUCAUGUUUGCGGACCAAACGAAAUCUUUGACCGAUUUCGCGAUCGCUGUCACGCUGUUGUCUGCGGAGCGACGUUCGUCAACGAAGCAGGUACUUGCGUACGCAAGUUUGAACUGGAAAACAACUGGCCAACAGCUGGAACUUGGCUGAAUUCCUCAUGCCAGCGUGUGAUUCUAAUGGAGAACGUGGACUACAUCCAACUGGAAAACGGUUCCCUCAUUUUGAAGGCUAAUGGUAAGACCCUGCAGCCGGAAGAAUACGAACCGAGCCCAGGAGGACAAAACGUCACCAUAUGUGCGGACGACGAUCAAGCGGACACUUAUUUUAAAUAUUCGGCUGGCCAGCGUUACUUGUCUGAUAUCUGUCUAGCCAUCAGCGUCUGCUGCCUCGCCCUUCACAUCGCUAUUCACAUCGCCCUGCCCAAAUUGCGCAAUUUGCCCGGUAAAAAUUUACUUUCAUUGUCUUGCGCCCUGUUCGUGGCCCAGUUACUCUUCUUGACGGGCAUCGGACUGCGUGACGUCGUCGGGUACGGUUGGUGCGCCUUCCUGGGAGUGGCGACGCACUGGUUUUACCUGGCCGCUUUCUUCUGGAUGAACAUCAUGGGAUUCGACAUCUGCCGCACAUUCACCGGGUCGUUGACCCGCAAUCGCGGAAUGCCAGGUCGUGGCCAGCGAUCGACUUUCAUAUUCUACUCGUUGUACGCCUGGGGUUUCCCAACCGCCAUCGUGUCCCUGGGCCUGAUGCUGGACUUUACCGAUUUGGUGGAUGAUUACGCACCUGAAUACGGCUAUCGAGUUUGCUGGAUCUCAAACAAGGCCGGACUGGGUGUGUUUUUCGUCUUGCCCGUCGCUGUUCUGCUGCUGGAAAACUUGAUCCUCUUCAGUUUGACUGUUUUCUCCAUCAUCAAACAGAGACAAGCUGCUCAGUUCGCAGUUGAGAAAAAUCAAUCGUAUCGGGCUGCGAAUGAGGCCAAAACUAUGACGGAAAGGCUUCAACCUCCGUCCGGUCCAUCGGCUCCGCUCCGUCGCAAUAGCGCUGUGAACAACAAGCAGCAAAUUCGCUUCAUCCUUUACAUUAAACUGGGACUGAUUAUGGGACUCGGCUGGAUCUUUGGCUUCGUGGCAGCGCUGGCCAAAAUGCCCGUACUUUGGUAUCCGUUCAUCCUGUUCAACGCUUUACAAGGCGCGUUCAUUUUCGUCGCUUUUUGCUGUAAGCGCAAAAUCUACUUCAUGGUGUACAAAUGGGCCACCAAGCGACCUCAUCCAUCUGACUCUUCGUCCAGCAGUCGGGCCACUGCUAGCACCAACAAACCUAGCAUCAGCACUCACAAGUCGAGCAUCGCCACGCCUAGUAGUACCACGGCCGAAUUUGAAAGUCAAUCCAAUCGGCUCAGCGUCGUCCAACGGGAUAACCAACCUCCGCCUUCGCUAUCGGCUGAACGUCUUUUGCCGCAGAUGACUGCCGUCGAGAUUGUACGUCGCUGGGUCACUUCGGCUUCGCCGAUCAGCCGGGCCAAACGAAAUCUGCCUCGCGUUGUCGUCACCAAACAUUUCGUCAACGAUGACGAAUUUCAUCAGUAUCCGUUUGCCAACAAGGAAAGCCUCACAUCUCACCUUUUUGUUCAGAAUAAUAAUCCCUCAGCGUCGCUUAAGUCCUGACAACUCAUCACCCGCCAUUCAACCAACUGAUUUUUCUUUCAAUCAAGAAGGGAUGGUAAUCCAUUCAAGUCGGAGACGUUUGACGAAGGCAGGGUCACGGAGUCAGUGUUAAGUGUUUAUCGUCCAUAUUAUCGAAUGAAAAACAGACGUUUCUCUUUUCAAUGUUCAGCAUUGCACGCGUUUGCAUUAUGUUAUCACGAUUUUUUCCACAAAUUAUCACGUACACGAAAUGUUACCUUCAAUGUUUGGCUAUAUAGUAUACAAUGCGUUUAAAACUA